CCAUAAACACGCGUUGCUACAAUCACAUUCACAAUCCUUCAAAACUGAGUCUCAGCUCCUUAAUUGCAUCUUCCAAUUCUUCACCAAAUUAGCAUGUUGUUUUCCUUCACAGGUUUUUGAUGCUUAGAAAGAUAGGGAGAGCUGUUCUGUCCUUUCAUAGAAUCAAUAGAAGCAGAUGCCUGGAAGUGAGUAGAAAUGGGCCAAUUGUCUCAGUUGGACCGAAUAUCCACCAGUGCAGGCUGUACAGGCAAUAUAAGUUUCCUAGUGAAGCACGUAGUUCAUUGUUGUGGUAUGGGUCUAGGGAAUACUUGCACAAAUGCCAUGCUUUUAGGAACUUUUCUGUAUCCUCAGCAAUUAAUAGAGUGACACAUCAUUCUCAAAUUGCUUGGAAAAGGCUCUACAGAAAGUAUUGUUCUAGCGGUGGUGGUACAUUUCCUCCCACCAUACAUAUGAUGGCUCAGGCUGUGAGCUUGGCUUUGGCUCGUUCUUAUGUGUUAGUUCCUGGUAUUUUUGCAUUUACUUGUGGAGAUCUUGCAUUAGCUCAGCGAAAUUGGGCAGAUGCAGAACGUUACCCGUCACAGAAUGCUUUGUAUAUGCGUGCACAGGAUGGGUAUAAUUACAUGUUUACAUUUACAUUCAUGAUAGUGGAAGGCCUUGUCUUAUUAGUGAGAGCUCUCUAUCUAGCAAUAUUAUUCUCUCCAAGCAUUGUGAUGGCACCUUUUGCGGAUUAUUUUGGACCAAAGUUCAGGAAAUUGUGGCUCCAUGUUGUUCAUCGCACACUAGAACAAUCGGGUCCAGCGUUCAUAAAAUGGGGUCAGUGGGCAGCUACAAGGCCUGAUCUCUUUCCUCGAGAUCUAUGUACUAAGCUUGCAGAACUUCAUACCAAAGCUCCUGAGCAUAGUUUUAGCUACACAAAGAAAACUAUAGAAAGAGCAUUCGGUCGAAAAAUUUCUGAAAUUUUUGAGGAUUUUGAAGAAUUGCCUGUUGCAUCUGGAAGCAUUGCCCAAGUGCAUCGUGCUUCAUUAAAAUAUCGUUAUCCUGGUCAGCAAGCAAAGCCGCUGGUGGUUGCAGUUAAGGUUAGACAUCCUGGUGUAGGAGACUCAAUCAGAAGGGACUUUGCUAUUAUUAAUGUGGUGGCAAAAGCUUCGAAGUUCAUUCCUGGUCUUAAUUGGUUAAGAUUAGAUGAGAGUGUACAACAGUUUGCAGUUUUCAUGAUGUCUCAAGUUGACCUUGCUAGGGAAGCUGCCCAUUUGAGCCGCUUUAUUUAUAAUUUCCGUAGAUGGAAGGAUGUUUCUUUCCCUAAGCCAGUCUAUCCACUCGUGCACCCUUCUGUUUUGGUGGAAACAUAUGAAAAUGGAGAAAGUGUCUCGCAUUUUGUUGACGGUCUUCAAGGACAUGAACAGAUUAAAUCUGCUCUUGCUCACAUUGGGACUCAUGCACUUUUGAAGAUGCUUCUGGUGGACAACUUCAUUCAUGCAGAUAUGCAUCCUGGAAAUAUCCUUGUGAGAGUGUCUCAGAGCAAGUCUCGCAAACGGCUUUUCAAAUCAAAGCCUCAUGUAAUUUUCCUUGAUGUAGGCAUGACUGCUGAACUCUCUGGCAGUGAUCGGGUAAAUUUAGUGGAAUUUUUCAAAGCUGUUGCCCGCCGAGAUGGCCGUACUGCUGCAGAAUGUGCGCUCAGUCUAUCAAAACAACAGAAUUGCCCAAAUCCAAAGGCUUUUAUUGAGGAAGUGACAGAGGCAUUUACUUUUUGGGGCACCCCAGAGGGUGACCUGGUUCAUCCUGCAGAGUGCAUGGAGCAAUUACUUGAGAAAGUUAGGCGUCAUAGAGUUAAUAUUGAUGGUAAUGUUUGUACUGUCAUGGUGACGACCUUGGUUCUUGAGGGUUGGCAGCGAAAGCUUGAUCCUGGAUACAAUGUGAUGCAGACGCUGCAGACAUUGCUACUUAGAGCUGAUUGGGCUAAAUCUCUUUCUUAUACAAUUGAGGGACUCAUGGCCCCUUGACGGAAGUUUCUUUGUUUGUUGAGUUUCUUGAGAAACAAUUUUGACAACAUAACCCUAAACAUUCAUGUUCUAAGGGCUCUCCCACAUUUACGAUUCCUUUUUUUUUUUUAAAAAAAAAAAAUUUAUCUCCUGUAUUUAUCUCCGAUAAUUUCGGACAUUUUUUUUAGCAUCACAGUUUACAAAAAAAAUGAAAGUUGAAAGAAUAAAGCAGUGAAGAUUUAUCCUCUCCCUCCUUUACACUCUGUUGUACCUGCAGGACAAUAAUGAGAUUGGGA